CUGUCCAUCAGCUGGUUCUCUCCCAGUGCUGCUGUCUUAGUACAACACCCAGCCCUCCUCCAUCCUCCUCCAUCCUCCUCCAUCAUGCUUCUUAGAGCUCUGCUGCAGACUUCACUGGUUCUCUGGUUGGCUCAGCAAACUCUACAAGGAGGGGUUAAACCUCAAAAUGUAGCCUACGGGAAUGCUUUGCCAGCAAGAGGCAUUGGCAUUGGUGUAAAACCUGGAGUUCCUUCAGUUACAGGUGCCCUCGGAGCGCUGGGGAGUCGAUAUGGCACCAAAGCAAUGAAGACUGGAAUUGGACGUUAUCCUGGAGCUCACCUCGGUGUCGGAGGGUACAGAUCUCUUGGAUUGGGAGGGAGAGCAGGCCUGAAGCAUGGUGGAUAUGGAACCCAGGGAGCUUAUGGAGCCAGUUUAGGCACAGGAAUGGCACUGGGACCUGGACUCGCAAAUGGCUUUGGUCUUGGUUUGGGCCAGGGUGGGAAACGUGUAUAUGGUGCUGGCCUUGGCACGCUUCCAGGAUACGGGCCUUAUGCUGGCAUUGGAUAUCCAGGAGCACGACCAGGUUAUAUCGGUGGAGCAGGAAACUAUCUGGGAGCAAGCCUGGGAGCUGGUGGCUAUGGAGCAGCCCUCUCCCCAGGUCUGGGACAGGGAACAUAUCUUGGUGGUGCAGCUGGAAAACUUGGGGCUGCUGCGGCGCUAGGACAGGGUGGAUAUCCCCAAGGUGGUGCAGGGAAGUCAAAUGGUUAUGGUGAUGGAGUAACAGGGUAUCUUGGCGCUGUGGCAGGUAAUGGUUAUGGUUACGGGAAUGGAUAUGGAGACGGUUAUGGAGCUGAGUUAGCCGAUGGUGCUGAGAACAAAGCAAGAAAGAGUGAAGCCCUCAGUACAGGAGGCUAUGCUGGACAGGUCCAGGGGGCAUAUGGUGCACUUGGUACUGGACUGGAAUCAACUGGUGGAAAAUACGGAGCCGGAGCUGCUCAGGCUCCUUACGGUAAUGCACCUGUGAUUCCCGCUGGACUGGAAGGUGAAGGAGGCUACCCGUAUGCUUCUCAGCAGCUCAGCCUUGCUGCUGAAGGUGGCAAAACCACCAGCAAAUAUGGAGCUCCUGCAGGUUAUGGAGCUCAACAACCAGGUUAUGGUGCCCAGCUUGGAGUGACUCAAGAUGCCUUGGGAGAGCAGACUGGCAAAUAUGGUGGAGUGAACCCUGUCCUUGGUAACGGAUACAAAGGGUAAUAAGGAUGAUUUGGACCUCUGCAAGUGGAUUAUCUCCAUUAUGAUUUCAGUGUAAUUUACUACUCUCCUGUGUGUUUUACUUUAUUUUGCCCUGUUGUACCAUCUGUUUGUCUUUUGAUUUAUUUUUCUUAACUCUCCUGUAUGUCCCUGUAAGUGGACGUUUGUUACCAGUGUCUGUUUGUCUCGUUUGUACAAAAAGCUGCUGUACCCCACCAGUUCAAUUCUGUCUCUCCCAUCUAAACUGGUGGAGACUGAUGAGCAUAAAUAGACACAAGAAAGCGCAAGACAGAAAUAUGUGUCUUCUUUACAAUCAAGAUGAGCGUUAUGUUUUUGCUGUUUUAAUCCAAUAAAUUGUAUUGUCAAAGUAUAUUAAAUGAAAACGUCUGAG